AGAGAGAUGGUGAGGUUGCACAUCCAUCAGACGCAAGAGCGUGGAAACAUUUCAACAAGGUACACGGAGAUUUUGCUACAAAUAUUCGGAAUGUCUAUCUUGGGUUAUGCACCGAUGGAUUUAGUCCAUUUGGAAUGUCUGGUAGACAAUAUUCUUUGUGGCCAGUCAUUCUUACGCCGUAUAAUUUACCGCCGGAUAUGUGCAUGGAACAAGAAUUUCUAUUUUUGACCAUAUUAAUCCCAGGGCCGAAGCAUCCAAAACGGUCUCUUGAUGUUUUUCUUCAACCGUUGAUAGAAGAGCUAAAGCAAUUGUGGUCAGAAGGGGUGAGGACGUACGAUUGUUCCUUGAAAAACAAUUUUACGAUGCGAGCAGUUCUGAUGUGGACGAUAAGUGAUUUUCCUGCUUAUGGGAUGUUGUCUGGCUGGACAACACAUGGAAGAUUAUCUUGUCCGUAUUGUCUUGGAUCCACGGAUGCUUUUCAACUGAAGAAUGGUAGGAAGAGUUGUUGGUUUGAUUGUCAUCGUCGGUUUCUUCCACUUGCCCAUCCGUACAGAAGAAAUAAGACAUUGUUUCGACACAAAAAAAUUGUCAGAGACAGUCCUCCUCCAUAUCUCACCGGCCAGCAGAUCGAAGCGGACAUUGAUUAUUACGGAGCUCAGGAAACAGUUAAGGUUGGAGGAAAUUGGCAUGUUCCUGGAAAUAUGCCUGAUGGGUAUGGUGUAUCUCACAAUUGGCAUAAGAAGAGUAUAUUUUGGGAGCUACCCUAUUGGAAGGAUCUUCUCUUACGCCACAAUCUGGAUGUCAUGCAUAUCGAGAAGAACUUUUUUGAGAACAUCAUGAAUACAUUACUUAACGUCCCUGGGAAGACAAAAGAUAACAAAAAGUCAAGGAUGGACUUACCUGAUAUUUGCUCAAGAAGUGAGUUACAUAUCAAGAGCAAUGGAAACGUUCCUGUUCCCAUCUUCCGGUUGUCAUCAGCAGCCAAAACAACCUUGUUUGACUGGGUUGCAUCGGAAGUUAAGUUUCCUGAUGGUUAUGUUUCAAAUAUGUCAAGAUGUAUUGAACGAGGUCAAAAGUUCUCCGGAAUGAAAAGUCAUGAUUGUCAUGUGUUUAUGCAACGACUGCUUCCAUUUGCUUUUGCCGAGCUCCUUCCAGCAAAUGUCCACGAAGCACUUGCAGGUAAUUAUAAAUUUAUAUAUAUACAUAUGUUACGAAAUGUUAUUAAUUUGAUUCCUUUUAAAAUAUACAGCCAUCGGAGCAUUUUUCAGAGAUCUUAGCACACGUACGUUCAAAGAAGAAGUCAUCGAACAACUUCAUCAGAACAUUCCGAUCAUAUUGUGCAACCUGGAGAAGAUAUUUCCUCCUUCAUUUUUUGACGUCAUGGAGCAUCUAGUUGUCCACCUACCGUAUGAAGCAUUGCUUCGUGGACCUGUUCACAACGGAUGGAUGUAUCCGUAUGAGCGACAGAUGAAACAUUUGAAGGGGAAAGCAAGAAAUCUUGCAAAGGUAGAAGGUUCAAUAGUUGCAGGGAGUUUGACAGCCGAAACAUCUAACUUUACAUCAUACUACUUUGCUCCAACUGUUCGUACGAGAAAAAGAGUUCCUAGGAGAUAUGAUGAUGGUGGAGUACCGACAUCAUAUCCAAUUGAUGGUGUUCCUGACAUUUUCUGCGAAAUUGGACGGUUUGGUGGUAAAACGAAAGAAGUAUAGUGGUCAUGUGAAGAAGAUAAACAUAGUGCCCACACUUAUAUUCUGCUCAACUGCGAGGAUGCAAUGACCCGUUACUUUGAAAGGUAAAUAUUUUUGUGAAUGUUAAUUAUAUGAAUUAAAGUUAAUUAUGUAUGAUUUGAUUAUUUGUUCAAUUUGCAGGAUGUUUGUAUCUCAAGUUGAAGAAGCAAUACCAGGAAUAUCAGCAACUGAUGUGGAUACACGUAAAGAUAAGCACUUUGUCAAGUGGUUAAAAUCGCAGGUUGAUUAUGACGAUCCUUAUUAUCCCGUAUGGUUUCACGAAUUGGUUCAAGGUCCAGUUGCAAAGGUCACCACAUCACCUAUGUAUUUCACACGAGGAUUUACCUUUCACACAUACGAGUAUGGGAGACAUCGGGCAACGAGUAACUACGGAAUAUGUGUGAAAGGUGAAACAGACUUUUACGGGAUAUUGCAGGAGAUUAUUGAAGUGGAAUUUCCGGGGUUAUUGAAGCUAAAAUGCGUCCUCUUCAAAUGUGAAUGGUUCGAUCCUGUUGUGAACCGAGGGAUUCGGUAUAACAAAUUUGGUGUUGUGGAUGUCAAUUUUGGGAGAAGAUAUAACAAAUUUGAGCCUUUCAUUUUAGCUUCACAAGCCGAGCAAGUUAGCUUCCUUCCUUAUCCUCGGCUUCGAACUUCCGGGAUAAACUGGGUAACUGCUAUCAAAGUUACACCUCGUGGACGCAUUGUCGUUGGAGAAGAACCGCCCUUGCAAGAAGAAGACGCUAUCACUGAAGUUGAGGUACCAGAACAGCCAACUGAUGAAAUCCUUUUGAUCGACCCGCAAAACUUUCAAUAUGAAGAUAUUCCCGAAGAUGCGACAGAUGAAGCACGUGAAGACGAGUUCGAGAGAAGCGACGAUGAUGAUUGUAAUGAUAGUGAUGAGAACGAAAACGAUUUAGAGUGAUGUAAUAGUGAUGAGAACGAAAACGAUUUAGAGUGAUGUAAUAUAUGUAUCAAAUGUUGGAUUUCUCUAUUGUAACAUUUUCUAAAAGAAAGAGUAAGAAGUAGUAUGAAAUAAGAUAUGAUGUUAGAUGAUAUGUGACUUUGGGGUUUAGGGAUUU